CAUACAUACAUACAUACAUACAUACAUACAUGUUUCUAUAUCAUUGUUGCCUUAAGAAAUAACAUAUGUGAUGUAAAGCAAGUGGUUACAUACAUACAUACAUACUGUUACACUUGUUGCUGAAACUGGCCCACCUUAGAAACAAUUUUCCUCCUAUAAAAGCUCUUCAUUUGUGCCUUCCUCCCCUACCUUCAAAGUCAUCAACAAUCAUUCACUACAAUAUAUCGAACCCUUUGGCUUCAGGCCUCGACUUCCGCCACUUAAAACCAUGGGUCCCAGUGAGCUCGGAGGACUUCACUACCUAGCACCGGAAAACCCGAUCCUGAUUCCGGCCAACCUUGGUAUGAUGCAAAACUCUAUACCAUCUUAUCACAUCAAUACAUUCUUAAACGGCCUACCGAAUUCCCACAUAUCGAUGUCUGCUCUCGAAUUCGCCACACUGUCCUCAAGCAUCAGCAACAAUUCGACUUCAGAUGAAGCAGAGGAGCACCAGGUCAACAUCAUCGACGAAAGGAGACAGAGGAGAAUGAUAUCCAACAGAGAGUCCGCUCGUCGGUCGAGGAUGCGGAAACAGAAACACCUGGAUGAACUUUGGUCACAGGUAAUCAGGCUCCGCAACGAGAACCACAGUCUCAUAGACAAGCUAAACCACAUAUCGGAGUUCCACGACCGUGUCGUUCAAGAGAAUGCAAGGCUCAAGGAAGAAGCUUCCGAUCUCCGCCAAAUGCUGUUUGACGUAAAAAUCGACAGCCCUUAUUCCCUUUCAUUCAGAGAACUGGAAGAUAUCCCCUGCAACACUGCUCACUUGAAAGCUGAGUCCACAAAUCAAUCCAGUGACAGCUCGGUUGACUUGCUUCAUUGAGAUAAGAGUCAUCUUCACCAUAUAUAUACACACACAUAUAUAUAACAUAUGUUAAUGUUCCUCGGUUUGCUAUGAUGUUUAAUCAAGCAUUUGCCUAAGCUUGAGCUUGUAUGGGAUUAUAAUCAAACCAUGCAAUAA